AUGCAGACACUCCAUUUUUCCGACAAGACACACAGCAAGGUAUUCCACAUACCCUCCCUUGGCCUCGCACUUGUGCUGCUGAUCUGCCUGGUCUCUCCUGGCAGUUCGUGCUCGGAGCAGGAGAAGAGCUCCCUUCUACAGUUCCUUGCCGGGCUCUCACAAGACGGUGGCCUCUCUGCGACAUGGCGGAAUGGCACGGAUUGCUGCAAGUGGGAAGGGAUCACCUGCAGGCAAGAUGGGACGGUCACCGCUGUCUUGCUGCGUUGGAAGGGCCUCCAGGGGUACAUCUCACAGUCCCUUGGGGUCCUCACCGGGCUGCAGUACCUUAAUCUCUCCCACAACUCGCUGUCCGGUGGACUGCCACCGGAGUUGAUGUCGUCCAGCAGCAUUACUAUCCUUGACGUCAGCUUUAACCAGCUAAAUGGAACGCUCCAGGAGCUGCCAUCUUCAACGCCUGCCCGGCCUCUACAGGUACUGAACAUCUCCAGCAACUCAUUUACAGGACAGUUUCCAUCCACCACAUGGAAAGCAAUGGUGAAUUUGAUCGCACUCAAUGCAAGUAAGAACAGCUUUACUGGGCAGAUACCAACUCAUUUAUGUAAUAGCUCGCCGUCCUUCGCUGUACUUGAACUGUCUUUCAACAAAUUCAGUGGCAGCAUCCCCCCAAGUCUUGGUAAUUGCUCCAAGCUGAGAGAGCUCGGGGCUGGAUACAACAACCUCAGUGGAGCUAUUGACGGUACACACAUAACCAACCUCGGAGAUCUUGUAACCCUUGAUCUUGGAUGGAACAGCUUCAGUGGCAAGAUUCCAGCUUCUAUAGGACAGCUCAAGAAAUUGGAGGAGCUCCAUUUGGCCUACAACAACAUGUCAGGGGAGCUGCCAUCUGCUCUGAGCAACUGCACAAAUCUCAUAACAAUUGACCUCAAGAGCAAUCACUUCAGUGGAAAACUUACCAAGGUCAAUUUCUCCAACCUGCCCAAUCUUAGAAUUUUAGACCUCUGGUUAAACAACUUCACCGGUGAAGUUCCAGAAAGCAUAUACUCGUGCAGUAAUCUGAUUGCACUGCGGCUAUCUAGCAACAACUUACAUGGGCAGCUCUCAUCGAGAAUAGGUAAUCUGAAGUACCUCUCCUUCUUGUCACUCGGUUGCAAUUUUUCUGGGAGAAUACCUGUAUGGAUAUCAAGGGCUACAAACUUGCAGAUGUUAGUUUUAUGUGACAAUCGACUCACUGGACCAAUACCAGGCUGGAUCACCUCUCUAAGCAAUCUCUUCUAUAUGGAUGUGUCAAGCAACAAUCUUACAGGAGAAAUCCCAUCAACCUUGAUGGAGAUGCCAAUGCUAAAAUCAACUGACAACGCAACUCAUUUGGACUCAACAGUCUUUGAGCUGCCUGUUUAUAAUGGUCCAGCACUUCAAUACCGUGUGUUUACAUCUUUCCCAGCAGUGUUGAAUCUAAGCAAUAACAGUUUCACAGGUGUAAUUCCUGCACAGAUUGGUCAGCUGAAGGUGCUUGCUGUACUUGACUUCAGCUUCAACAAGUUAUCUGGACAGAUCCCACAAUCGGUCUGCGACCUCACAAACUUGCAGGUGCUAGACUUGUCCAGCAACAAUCUCACAGGUACUAUCCCAGCUGCGCUGAACAGACUGCACUACCUUUCAGCAUUCAAUAUUUCAAACAAUGAUCUAGAAGGGCCUAUUCCACCUGGAGGCCAGUUUGAUACAUUUCAGAAUUCUAGUUUCAAUGAGAAUCCAAAGCUGUGCGGCUCUAUGCUCACUCAUAAAUGUGAUUCAGCUUCGAUACCUCCAUUAUCCACAAAAACACGACAUAAGAAGGGUCUUUUUGUAAUUGCCUUUGUUCCAGCUGCAGUACCAACACCGCCCCCAACGGUUGUUUCGACAACUCAAGCACCAGCAGUGGCCCCAACAGUUAACAAUGCUCCCCAAGACCAAGCAGCAGCACCCCCAAUUGAUCAUAUGGCGGCAGCACCACGAGAUUUAAAGAAUGUAGAAGAUAAUCCUAUUGACUCCAAUCCGUUUUCAGGAUCUGAGCCUGCUGACCUUGAUGUCUUGCUGGCUUCUAGAAGUCUUCAGGGGCACAUCACACCUUCUCUUGGGAACCUCACUGGAUUGCUGCGCCUCGACCUGUCAAACAAUCUGCUAUCCGGUGGUCUACCGCAGGAACUGGUAUCCUCCAGCAGCAUCCUCAUCGUAGAUGUCAGCUUUAACCGUCUUGGAGGAGAGCUGCAUGAGUUGUCGUCUACCCAUGCCCGGCCACUGAAGGUACUGAACAUCUCGAGCAAUUUGUUUACAGGACAGUUUCCGUCCUCCACAUGGCAGGGGAUGAAAAAUCUGGUUGCACUCAAUGCCAGCAACAACAGCUUUACUGGGCAGCUACCAACUCAUUUCUGUGCCAGCUCGCCAUCCUUGGCAGUGCUCGAACUCUGCUACAACCAAUUCAGAGGGAGCAUUCCCCCACAACUUGGUAGCUGCUCCAUGCUCAGAGUGCUCAAGGUUGGCCACAACCACCUCAGUGGGAGUCUCCCGGACGAACUCUUCAAUGCUACCUUGUUAGAAUACGUCUCCUUCCCCGGGAACAGUUUACAAGGAACACUUGAAGGCUUGCAUUUUGGUAAACUCAGUAAUCUGGGUACUUUUGAUCUUGGAGAGAACAACAUCAGUGGCAAGAUUCCGGAGUCUAUAGGUCAUCUCAGGAGAUUGGAGGAACUCCAUUUAAACAACAACCACAUGUAUGGGGAGCUGCCAUCGAGUCUGACCAACUGCACAAAUCUCAUAACCAUUGACUUCAAGAGCAACAAUUUCAGCGGGAAACUCGCCAAGGUCAAUUUCUCCAACCUAUCCAAUCUAAAAACUAUAGAUCUUAUGUACAACAGCUUCAGUGGCGAAAUUCCAGAAAGCAUCUACUCAUGCAGCAACCUAAUUGCACUGCGUCUGUCUUCCAAUAAGUUCAAUGGCCAGCUGUCAGAAAAAAUAGGCAAUCUAAAGUCCCUCUCAUUCCUAUCACUUGCUAACAACACUCUUACAAAUAUCACAAGUGCACUUCAUAUCCUUAAGAGAUGUAGAAAACUUACAACCCUGCUUAUUGCGUUCAACUUCAGGGGAGAAAUCAUGCCAGAGGAUGACAUGAUUGAUGGUUUUGAAAAUCUUCAGUUUUUUAGUGUCGAUGGAUGCGGAUUGUUUGGACAAAUACCUCAAUGGAUAUCGAAGCUAGCAAAUUUAAAAAUAUUAAUCUUGUCUAACAAUCAACUCACUGGAUCAAUACCAGCCUGGAUCAAAACCCUAAGCAACCUGUUCUAUCUGGGCAUAUCAAACAACAGCCUCACAGGGGGGAUUCCAACAGCCCUUAUGGAUAUGCCAAUGCUAAAUUCAGAUAAGAGUGAAGCCCAUUUAGACCCAAGGGCAUUUGAGCUACCUGUUUAUUAUGGUCCAUCACUACAAUACCGUGUACCUAUUGCUUUGCGUAAUGUGCUAGAUCUAAGCAACAACAAAUUCACUGGUCAAAUCCCCCUCGAGAUUGGUCAGUUGAAAGCCCUCCUUUCACUCGAUUUCAGCUUUAACCACUUGACAGGACAAAUCCCACAAUCAAUAUGCAACCUCACAAACCUGCAGCUGUUAGACUUGUCAAGCAAUAAUCUAACAGGUGGAAUUCCAGAUGCAUUGAAUAGACUGAACUUCCUUUCAGCAUUCAACAUUUCAAACAAUGGCCUAGAAGGGCCAAUUCCAUCUGGAGGCCAGUUUAAUACAUUUCAGAAUUCUAGUUUCCUUGGGAAUCCAAAGCUGUGUGGUCCUAUUCUCACUCAUGAAUGUGGUUCAGAUUCAAUACCUCCAUCCUCCAGAAAAAAACGAGAUAAGAAGGCUGUUUUUGCAAUUGCAUUUGGCGUGUUCUUCGGAGGCAUUGCUAUUCUUUUGUUGUUGGCACGUCUCCUUGUCACAAUCAGGAAGAAGGAGCAAACAUUAGUCGUCAUGUGGAUGCCCCAAGGCAAGGGAGAAGAAAGCAAGCUCAAAUUCACUGACAUUUUGAAAGCUACAAACAAUUUUGACAAGGAGAACAUCAUUGGUUGUGGAGGUUAUGGAUUAGUAUACAAGGCAGAGCUACCUGAUGGCUCCAAGCUGGCAAUCAAAAAGCUCAACAGUGAAAUGUGUCUUAUGGAAAGAGAGUUCAGUGCAGAGGUUGAUGCUCUUUCCAAUGCACAACAUGAAAAUAUUGUGCCGCUGUGGGGUUACUGCAUCCAGGGAAACUCAAAGCUCCUCAUAUAUUCCUACAUGGAAAACGGCAGCCUGGAUGAUUGGCUUCAUAACAGGGAUGACGAAGCUAGCUCAUGGCUUGACUGGCCAACUCGGCUGAAGAUCGCGCAAGGAGCAAGCCUUGGCCUUUCCCAUAUCCAUGAUGUCUGCAAGCCUCAGAUUGUCCACCGUGACAUCAAAUGCAGUAAUAUCUUACUGGACAAAGAAUUUAAAGCUUAUGUUGCAGAUUUUGGGCUAGCCAGAUUGAUCCUUCCCAACCAAACUCAUGUUACGACUGAGCUGGUCGGUACUAUGGGUUACAUUCCCCCUGAGUAUGGGCAAGCAUGGGUUGCUACGUUGAGAGGUGAUAGGUACAGUUUUGGAGUAGUCAUGCUUGAGCUGCUCACUGGAAUACGACCUGUCUCAAUCCUAUCAACGUCAAAAGAACUUGUCCCAUGGGUGCUGGAGAUGAGGUCUGAGGGGAAGCAGGUUGAGGUCCUGGAUCCAACACUUCGAGGCACAGGAUGUGAAGAUCAAAUGUUAAAGGUGCUUGAAGCUGCUUCCAAAUGUGUCGACCACAAUCAAUUCAUGAGGCCAACCAUCAUGGAAGUUGUCUCCUGCCUGGCCAGUAUAGAUGCUGACCCGCAGAUGCGAAAAUCAGCCAAGAUACAAUGA